AUGGCCAAACCACAGGAUGUACAUCCAUUGAGCAAUGAAUCGAUCAGUAUAACUACAUCAGAGACACCACAACCUGAUCCAACGUUUCCACCCUAUCACCAUGACGACGAUGAAGCUGCUGAAGCACGCGACACCAUAUCGGAUGACAUUCCAAGUAUGUUGCCACUGCCAACCAAUCGAGGACGACGAGUAUCUGUGAGUGCGGAAUCCAUUCAACCCUCCUUACACAAGACGCAGCAAGAGUAUGUGGUACAUCCAAAGAGUGAUCAACAACGAGAACGCAUCAAGGACGCUAUCUGCAACAAUUUUCUGUUUCGCAACUUGGAUGACGACCAGCAUCGGACCGUGGUGGAUGCUAUGGCUGAGAAACGGGUCAAGAGUGGUGAACAAGUGAUUGAACAAGGAGCCCAAGGCGAUUACUAUUACGUUGUUGAGCAAGGCACCUUUGAUUGCUUAAUCAAUGGUAACAAGGUGACGAGCUAUGGUCCUGGUGGCAGCUUUGGCGAGUUGGCUCUCAUGUAUAAUGCACCACGUGCAGCUACCAUUGUUGCCACGUCUGACGGUGUCCUAUGGGCACUGGAUCGCAUCACAUUCCGUUCCAUUCUGAUGGAUAGCACUGCUCGUAAACGUCGCAUGUAUGAACAGUUUCUCGAGGAGGUUCCAAUUCUCAAAUCGCUCAAGACGUACGAAAGACACAAGAUUGCCGACGCACUUGAACCGGUGCAAUUCGAUGAUAAAGAAGUUGUCAUGCAUGAAGGCGAUGUCGGUCAAAACUUUUAUUUGAUAGAGGAUGGUGAAGCCGUCUUUUACAAGAAGGAUGAAGAUAAUCAGUUGCGUGAAGUAAAUCGGUUGGGUAAAGGCGACUACUUUGGUGAAUUGGCACUCCUUCACGACAAUCCCCGAGCAGCUACUGUUGUUGCCCAUGGUCGUUUAAAAUGUGUCACCCUUGACAAGAGCGCGUUUACUCGUCUACUAGGCCCUGUCAUGGAUAUCUUGAAACGCAAUUCCGAAAAUUAUCAUGCCAUCCUCAAAGAAGUUCAUAGCAAUGACCAGCAAUCAUAA